AUGGACUACAAGGAUACCGAAGAGCAUUUGAUAGAGACUAUAGAAGGAUCUCAAAGCUACAGUGGAGACUAUGGACCAUUACCACGAGACACGUUCAAAAGUAAACUAUCGUGGGAACUGAAAUUUCGGAAGUGGAGCUAUGUAAUUCUUUUGUUGACCAUCAUAGUAUAUGGCUUGCUCGUUGUGGUUUGCUUUGGGAUAGAUAAACGUGCAGGAGUACUAUUUACAGUCUUCGGCAUUUUUCUCUUCUUUGUGCCACUUUGCGCUUUCGCUUCAUCAUCUGAAAUAAUGUGGAACCACACAACCGUGCGUAUCUGGAUGGUGGAGAUAAUAAAUACCAACCCUGGAGAUGACUUGAAUAAGUGGGAUUUGAUUGCUGCUAAAAUGAAUACUAUUCUUUACGAAAAUGACGAAAGGGCCACGAAGUAUUAUUUCUACGACGGGAAACAUUGCUUGUUUAGAUUUGUCAAUAAAUGUGUCGCGCCAUCUCCGGAUAACAGUGCAGCGUGCUGCCCCAGUCUCGGUCCCUUUGUCAAAGCUGCCGCAGAUCAAUACAUCGAGCAUUUCAAUGAGCAAUUGCGGCAAAUGACAUUAGGUAGCUCUGCAGAUCGCACCGAAGUUGCCACUCAGAACGAGACAGUUUGA